AUGUCGGGGAAAAAGGGUAAAAGCAAAGGAGCGUCUGCUGAUGGUGAUUCGGGCGAAGCAUCAGGUGGUGGCAGCAAAGGUGGUAAUUCAGUCAAAGUUCGACAUAUUUUAUGUGAAAAACAAUCGAAAGCACUGGAGGCUUUGGAAAAACUCAAUAAUGGUAUGAAAUUCGACGAAGUUGCGCGUACAUAUUCCGAAGAUAAAGCUCGACAUGGAGGAGAUCUAGGCUGGAUGACGCGCGGAUCAAUGGUCGGGGAAUUUCAGGAUGCAGCGUUUGCCUUACCUGUUAGUACAUUAGCCAAACCAGUGAUAUCAUCUCUUGUUAAAACCAAAUUCGGUGUCGGUGAAGGAGGGGCGGGUGUUGAACCCAGCGCACAAGAACGCAGCAGUGCAGAAUUCAAACGACUCUAUCGUGACAAUGGUUUCAAUGCAUUUAUCUCAAAUAACAUUUCAUUGGAGCGUUCAGUCAAAGAUAUUCGACAUCCUGAUUGUAAGAAGCGAUUAUAUCUUGCUGAGUUACCAACAGUGAGCAUCGUUGUUCCUGUUCAUGACGAACAUUUGACUACAUUGAUUCGAAUGAUCCAUAGUAUAAUAAAUCGUACGCCUGCUCAUCUUCUACAAGAAAUCAUCUUGGUUGAUGAUAACAGUCGUAAAGAAGAGUUGAAAGGUCCCCUUGAUAAGCGUAUUUCCGUUUUACAGAAGACACGUGUGAUUCGUCUUCAAAAACGUGAGGGUUUAGUUCGCGCUCGAAUCGCUGGUGCACGUGAAGCAAAAGGGGAAGUGUUAAUCUUUUUUGAUUCACAUGUGGAAGUCAAUAUCAAUUGGUUACCACCAUUGAUUGAACCGAUUGCAUUGAAUUACAAAACAAGCGUUUGUCCGUUUAUUGAUAUUAUUAAAUGGGAAAAUUUUGCAUAUAUCGCUCAGGAUGAAGGAGCUCGUGGUGCUUUUGAUUGGAGUUUGUACUAUAAACGGCUACCUUUAUUAUCAUCGCAUGCACAAAAUCCAUCAGAACCAUUCGAUAAUCCGGUUAUGGCGGGUGGUCUUUUUGCUAUAAGUAGCAAAUGGUUUUGGGAAUUAGGCGGUUAUGACGAAGGUUUAGAUAUAUGGGGUGGUGAACAAUACGAGUUGUCAUUUAAAAUCUGGCAAUGUGGUGGUCGAUUAGUUGAUGCGCCGUGCUCGAGAGUUGGACACAUCUAUCGUCAAUUUAACCCCCACGGUGGAUUUGCUUUGGGUGAUUAUUUAUCCCGAAAUCAUAAACGUGUUGCUGCAGUUUGGAUGGACGAAUAUGCUGAGUAUGUGUAUAAACGCAAUGAACAUAUGAGAAAUAUAGAUCCAGGUAAUAUUGAAAAACAACUGGCAAUACGAAAGAAAUUAGCCUGUAAACCAUUUAAAUGGUUUAUGGAGCAUGUUGCAUUUGAUCUACCUCAAUACUAUCCACCUGUUCCUUUACCACCGUAUGCAACAGGCGAAAUUCGAAGUAUGGUUAGCUCUCUGUGCAUCGACACAAAAUUCGGCGGUGAGCACGCAACAUUCGGUCUUGAUCGAUGUCUUCGUGAUCAUCGUGAUCGGAGUGGUGAACAACAAUUCGAGCUCAGCUGGCGACAAGACAUUCGACCAAACGGACGUGAACUAUGUUUCGAUGUACCACAACAAGAGAAACGUACACCAGUUAUACUAUUCAGUUGUCAUGGUACUGUCAACUUUCAUUGUCUAUCGUUUGUUCUAUUUCUCAUGUGUACAGGAAUGCGUGGUAACCAGCAUUUUAUCUAUGAUUUCAAGUCGUUUCAUAUUAUCCAUGUAUCCACACACUUGUGCUUAGAUUGUGAGUUAGAAAGUAAGAAAGUGUUCAUGGAACGAUGCAACCGAACAAGCAAAACUCAACAAUGGAUAUUUUUGUCGUAUAACGAAACAUUGAUUCUCAAAGAUAUGCGACAAUAUUUUCUUGAAUGA